AAAGAUGUUGUAAAUCUUGCUUUUAUAAUUAUUAUUGGUUAUUUUUUUAUGUAUUGUGUUAUUAAUAAAUCUGAAUCAUGUUAAUCUACUAACUUGUUUCACUUUCAGGAUGCUGGUUUUGCCUCGGUCCUUGCUGACAAAUUUCUCGUUGAAUACAGUGAAAGUGGUCAAUUUACGAGUCCGGACUUGUUGGACAACUUGGGCUCUUGUAUGUUAGUCAGUGACCGUCUAACUUUUUUAGGAAAAUACCGUGAAUUUCACAAGAUGUACGAGGAGAAGGAAUUUAAGGAAGCAUCAGCUCUCUUAGUGUCUUUGUUAGCCUCCCGUCUCGCUCCUAAAUAUUUCUGGGUGACCUUAUUAUUUGAUGCCUUACCGCUGCUGGAAAGUGAAGAAGUUGUUUUCAGUAGCAGACAGACCUUCCAACUGAUGUACUGUUUAGAAGAGCUACAGCAAAAAACAGACAAGCCACCAGGGUUAAAAGAGAAAGAAGACUUGUUACGGUUGGCUUUAACGAGGAAUUUAGCAAGAGCAUUUAUUAGUGAAGGAAGCCAAGAGCCGUGACAUGGUCUACUUCACUGCCAUAGUCUAAUGAAAUGUUUCUUUUAUAUUCUUACUGUUUUGAUUGUCACAUGAAAUAAUUUUGUAUAUAUAUUAAAAUAAGAA